AUGGCUGAGGGCAACAAGCUAUGGGGUGGUCGAUUCACUGGCAGUGUCGACCCAAUCAUGGAGAAGUUCAAUGCCUCUAUUCAUUAUGAUAAGCGAAUGUGGAAAGCAGACAUUGAGGGCAGUCAGGCUUAUGUUUUAGCUUUGAAAAAGGCCAAACUGAUAUCUGAAGAAGAAAAAGAGGACAUUUAUGAGGGGCUUGAAAAGGUGAAACAUGAGUGGGAGGCAAAGACUUUUGAGAUUAGACCUGGAGAUGAAGAUAUCCACACAGCCAAUGAGAGGAGACUAAAGGAACUCAUAGGACCGGUUGGAGGAAAGCUGCACACUGGACGAAGCCGCAAUGACCAGGUGGCCACCGACAUGCGCCUGUGGUUUCGGGACAAGACCGAAGUCCUGGUCAAACACAUCACAGACUUGGUGCACGUUAUGAUUGACAGAGCAGAAGUAGAGAUUGAUGUUCUGAUGCCUGGUUACACCCAUUUACAGAGAGCCCAGCCAAUAAGAUGGAGCCACUGGAUUCUCAGUUAUGCUGUCAUGUUGCAGCGAGAUGUCGAGAGACUGACACAGAUUAGAGAGAGAGCAUCGACGUUAGUUCUUGGCAGUGGCGCUUUGGCAGGAAAUCCAUUUGAUAUUGACAGGGAAUUAUUACGACAAGAGCUAGGGUUGAAGAGGAUAUCCUUAAACAGUCUUGACGCUGUCAGCGACCGAGAUUUUGUAGCUGAAUUCCUGUUCUGGGCUUCACUUGUUGGAGUUCAUCUUAGUCGCUGGGCUGAAGAUUUGAUUCUGUACAGUACUAAAGAGUUUGGAUUUGUCACACUGUCUGAUGCAUACAGUACUGGAAGCAGCCUGAUGCCACAGAAGAAAAACAGUGACAGCCUGGAGUUGAUUCGAGGGAGAUCUGGUCGACUUUUUGGCAAUUGCUCUGCUUUCAUGAUGACAUUAAAAGGAAUUCCUAGCACUUAUAACAAAGAUCUUCAGGAGGAUAAAGAAGCCAUGUUUGAUACAUUUGACACACUGAGUGCCAUUUUACAAAUAGCAACUGGGGUGCUGUCAACAUUGAAGAUUCACCCAGAUACCAUGAAGAGUGCUUUGAGUCCAGAUAUGCUGGCAACUGAUAUUGCUUACUAUCUUGUCCGAAAAGGGCUACCUUUCCGAGAAGCCCAUGGCAUGGCAGGUUUGUGUGUGGCACUUGCAGAAAAACAGAAUAUUCCUGUGUCUAACCUGUCGCUGAAAGAUUUCCAUUCUGUUAGUCCUCUCUUUGAAGAAGACGUGACCAAAGUCUGGGACUACCAGAAUUCCGUCGAACAGUACACAGCUCCAGGGGGAACGGCCAAAUCCAGUGUCCAGCAGCAGAUCAUAAGUCUCCGAACCUCGUUGGGCAUCGCCACAAAGUUGACGUAA